AUGCCUCGGCGGAGUCGUGGAUGCAGAGCGUGUCGACAACGGCGCAUCGGCUGUGAUGGCGGCCAACCUUCAUGUCUUCAGUGCCUCAUCACCAAUAGAACGUGUUCAGGACCCAUCCAAGGGCCCAUAAUCCUGGAUCAGACGCGCCUCGUAACCGCACGAUAUCAAAAGGCGCUGGAACGAUCACGAUUGCGACGGGAUGUUUCCGUUCCCAUAGUCAAGCAGCCGUCUUCUCAAGCCUUUGCAUCCCUGGAGUUCAUUUCCCAAUUCGUGUCCUUUAUUUCAUCCAACAGACAAGGGCCGUCAAAACGACCGUGGCUCUAUGCCCUUGGGAUUGUAUCGUCUGGAGACAACGGCUUGAUUCUCGAGGCUGCUCUCAGAGCGGCGGCUACAGCCUUCUGCGGUGUCAUGUUUCAGAGUUACACACUUCUCUUGGAAGCAUCUCGGCUGUAUGGACAAGCAUUAUCUCGAUAUGUUGCCGUUCUAUCUGGUGGAUCUGGCGUGACAGUCACGUUCAAAAUGUGCACAACGGUAUUGUUAUCGCUUUAUGAAGCAAUUUGGUCGACAAAUCCUCCCGCCUACUUUGUUCACUUGGAGGCCUGUUGGCAAAUGUUAGUCUCUGCGGACCCCAAGUCUGAAGAUGUCGCCGUCCUCAGAGGAGUCGCCGCACAUGUGAUACACCAAACUGUUAGCUUUUGCAAUGUUUGGGCCGUUGUAUCUAGGAUAACGACGGAUCAGGAAGAGCCUCUUGUUAACCGGCUUGUGCUUGAGAUUUUUACCCUUCAAAAAUUACUUUCACAAAGUCGUAGCCCCAAUGACGAUAUCAUCGCUUGUGCCCACGACGUCAAUGGGAGGAUUGAAAACAUGUGGGCUGAUUACAAAGCAGAGGUAAGUCGACAUGAUGGCCAGAUUCUGUUGUCGUCAUGCUCCACAAGACCAUACUAUGAUGCGUUUUCUGCUUUAACAGUGGCGUGUUUUUCAGCAGCGCGUAUUCUCCUCUCCAAAGUCCAUUCGCUGUCCGUCAGAUGCCCCAGCGCAGACUCACUGGAAACGACAAAUGGUCAGGUCAUUCUCGAGUGUCAUUCAUAUCUUCUGCCGAAGAAUAUUGGCUGCGCAUAUCUCCGUAUGUUCCUACCGUUGACAGUUGUGGCACUGUACAGUCCGUCCUUGAGACAGAGCAAUCUAGCGCAUUCAACCCUCAACGAUUCGCUUCGUAAACCGUUUAGUGGCUUGAGCUCGAUGGCUGUUGAAAGGAUACGGGCUUCAUAG